AUGGGUCGUUUAGAAGAUUACAAGCCUGUGAUGGCCAUGGUGCUACUGCAGUUCACCUAUGCAACUCUAGCUCUCUUCACCAGAGCUACCCUUUUGCAGGGAAUGAAUCCCAAGGUUUUUGUUGUUUACAGGCAAGCAAUAGCUACUUUGGUCAUAGCACCUGUAGCUUAUUUCUCUGACAGGAGAAAGACAAACAGGAGUUCUAUGGGAUUGAGAAGCUUUUCUUUGAUUUUUGUUGCUUCUCUUAUUGGUGUGACAAUCAAUCAGAACAUCUAUUUUGAAGGUCUUUAUCUGGCCUCAUCAUCAAUAGGAAGUGCCAUGUCAAAUCUGGUCCCUGGAAUCACAUUUCUGAUGGCAACUAUUGUAGGAUUAGAGAAAGUACGUAUUAGAAGCCUAAGAAGCAUGGCUAAGGUAGUAGGGACAGCAGUAUGUGUUGGUGGAGCUGUUUCCAUGGCAUUGUUAAGAGGCCCAAAGCUCCUAAAUACUUCAAUAUUCCCAGUCCAAGAGCUAACUCUUAGUUCAGGAGGAGGCGAGAAUUGGCCAAUGGGUUGUCUCUUUCUCUUUGCAAGCGGUUGUUGCUGGUCGAUUUGGCUGAUUUUACAGGUCCCAAUGUCUGCUAGCUAUCCUGACCACUUAUCAUUGUCUGCUUGGAUGUGCUUCUUGGCAACACUACAAUCAGCAACACUUGCUUUCUUCUUAGAGCCAGACCCAAGUGCAUGGACUCUACAUUCUAUUUCUGAGAUCUCAUCUUGUAUCUAUGCUGGAAUCAUAGGAUCCGCAAUUUCUUUUUAUAUUCAGUCAUGGUGUAUUUCACAAAGAGGGCCUCUCUUCUCGGCAAUGUUCAAUCCUCUUUGCACUGUUAUAGUUACCAUUUUCGCUUGUAUACUUCUUCAUGAGGAACUUUUCACUGGAAGUUUGGCUGGUUCUUUUGCUGUGGUGGUUGGUUUAUAUAUUGUGCUUUGGGGUAAAGCUAAGGAUCUUGAGGAGAUCAAAGGAGAAGUGGGCCCAAUACAUGAUACAAUGAAGACUGUUACAAUCAGAGGAGAGGUGGGGAAAAUACACGAUACAAUGAAGACUGUGACAAUCUUGAUUGAUGAAUCCUUGAAGGAGAGUGGUAAAUUAGACUUGGAGGAGCCCCUUUUGGCUCAUGAUAAAUCUUCUGAUGUGAAUAUUGAAAGUCAAAGGAACCAAUAAUGGAUCAAAUUGUUUAUUUGAUCCUU